AACUGUCUACCGAGAGGGAGAUGGAGGAGGCGAAGGCAGUCAAGCUGUAUGGGAUGUGGGCUAGCUCUUUCUGCAUGAGGAUUGAGAUGGCCCUUAAGCUGAAGGGCAUACCGUACGAAUACGUGGAAGAAGAUCUGGGGAACAAGAGCCAGCUGCUCCUCCAGUAUAAUCCUGUCCACAAGAUGGUCCCUGUCCUGGUCCAUGAUGGACGGUCCAUCGCUGAGUCUGUCGUCAUCCUCGAAUAUAUAGAAGAUACAUGGAAGGACCCUCCCUUCUUGUUACCCCACGAUCCUUACAUGCGAGCCAGGGUCCGCUUCUGGGCCCAAUUUUCUGACCACGCGUUGGUGGAUCAUAGUCGUGCAAUUCUCAAGUUCAAAGGCGAACAACAACAAGCGGCAAUAGCCGAGUUUAGAGAAAAUCUCAGGAUACUGGAAGAGGGGAUUGAGAAGGAAUUCUCAGGUGGGAAGCCGUUCUUCAAUGGCAAAACGCCCGGAUUGCUCGACCUGGUCAUAGGUGCAAGCUCUUGCUGGCACAAGGUCCUUGAUGAAAUCGCUGGGGUGAAGCUGAUAACAAGAGAAAACAAUCCAAUCGUGUGUUCAUGGCUAGAUGCUUUCUGGGACCUUGAUGUAGUGAAGGCCACGUUUCCUGAUCAUGGUCGCUUGACUGCAUAUGCCAGGCGAGUGAGAGAGAAUGCCCUUGCCAUGUCACCAUGAACACAUGCCUAGGCCCAAAAUUCAGGUUGGUCCGCUCAUCAGGCAGAGGAUAUCAGAAAAAUAGUGCCCAAUGUCUACAUCUGGGCCACUUGAUUAGAUCACAAUCUUGAUUUUCCGGGCCCUGAAAUGUUCAGUGGGCCCCACUUGAUGAAUGGCAUGGAUCUCAUACAUAUGUGACGUCUCCCAUCUUUCGUUCACGUGUUUCUGUGAAAUUUCUAAUGAAAGUGCCUGCGUAUCAUCUAUAUCA